GUUGCACCAGCACCCAUACAUAGGCACGGACCGGCAUGUCCUUGGGCGGAGAGAGCGGGACGUUCGGCUUGCCAGCGGCCCCCACUUAGGCGUGCACCGGGAAAGAACGAUUUGAAAAUGGGUGAUGUUGAGAAGGGCAAGAAGAUUUUUGUUCAGAAGUGUGCCCAGUGCCAUACCGUGGAAAAGGGAGGCAAGCACAAGACUGGGCCAAAUCUCCAUGGUCUUUUUGGGCGAAAGACGGGUCAGUCUCCUGGAUUCUCUUACACAGAUGCCAACAAGAACAAAGGCAUCACCUGGGGAGAGGAGACGCUGAUGGAGUAUUUGAAGAAUCCCAAGAAGUACAUCCCUGGAACAAAAAUGAUCUUCGCUGGCAUUAAGAAGAAGGGAGAGAGGGCAGACUUGAUAGCCUAUCUCAAACAAGCUACUAAUGAGUAAUAGUUGGCCACUGCCUUAUUUAUUACGAAACAGAUGUCUCAUGACUUUUUAUGUGUACCAUAUUUAAAUUGAUCUCAUACACUAGACUUCAGAUCAUGAAUGGCUGAUGUAAUAUUUCUGUCCUGAUUUAAAUAAGAUUGGCUUGUGGCUAAAUGAAUAUGGUCAGCUUUUUGAAUUUUGGUAGCAAUUCCAGUUCAAUAAGUGCUAUCACUGUUUUUCCCUUCUAAAGAGAUGAUUAAACUUGAAUAAGAAAUGUUAAACUUUUCAGGGAGAUGGUGAAUGCCUUCUCAGACCCUAUAGGAGAUUGAUUUUAUAUUUAGAUUUCUAUAAUUGGUUAUAUUAAUAUAUUUAAAUAUUGAGAAGAUCCCUUCAGUGUCUUAUAGAACAGAGCAAGAUUCACCUAUGUUUCAAGUUGUUUUCAUUUGCCUUUUAAGGCAAGGGCUGAAGAUACACUGACAAUGUCCACUUUAUCUUUUUGGUCUUAAGUAUGCCAAUUUAAUUAAAAUUCUCUA